AUGGCCGUCAUCAAUCAGUUGUUGACCGAGGUCACUCACAUCGUCGCCCGCGCCGCCGCUCCCGAGGACUCGUCCUCAACCACAACCUCGAGCGCCAGUGCCCAGACGAGCGAAACCGAAAACCGCGACAACAAUAACAGCAAUAAUGGGUCUAGCUCACCUCUUUUAUUCUUUGUUGCCCUCGGCUUCGGUGUCGUGUUUACGAAUUUAUGGAUUAUUGUCGGUGUCAAGUACUGCUUCCGAUACAACGCUCGUAACCGCGCGAUGCGAAUGAACGAAGACGGCGAGCCCAUCACUCUCGAAAAUAUGCCUCGACCUCAUCGUCGACGUCGUGAGAAGAAGUUGAUGACGAUGGACGAGGUGAACGACAAGUUUCCCAUGAUGAAAUACAAGACAUGGGUCUCCGAUCGUGCGAGAGAAGGUCUUCCCACCACUGGCGGCGUUUCAGCUCCCCCGACCCGACCCAACAGUAUACGAGAAGCCGAUGGAAUUGUGCCAGACUUUUCAGCCAAGGAACGCGACUCGACCGAUGGACGACCAUCUACCAGUGCCGUGGCGAGGGGUGAAGGUGAAGCAACGGGAGCAACCGAUACAACCGAGACACCGACACCUAUCACCGCUGCUGCUGUGGUAGCUGAUGAGAAGCCCAAGGAUGCGAAGCCCAAAGACGAGAAACCAAGGGAAACAACAGCCACUCCCGCCGAGAACGGUCAGACCUCGACUGAGCAGACGACAAACAACAACCAACUUCAGCGAAUUUCUAGUGAGGAUUCGGAUGAUGACGACCACAUCGAUGGUGCCCUGCCACCUGAGUGUUUGGAAGCCCCCGGUGACACCUGUGCUAUUUGCAUUGAUACACUCGAGGAUGAUGACGACGUCCGUGGACUGACUUGUGGUCAUGCCUUCCACGCCGUCUGUGUUGACCCAUGGUUAACGAGCCGCCGAGCCUGCUGUCCUCUCUGCAAGGCCGACUACUAUGUCCCCAAGCCUCGACCCGUUCCCGAAGCCUCGAAUGAUGCCAACGCCAACAAUGGAUCUAGCUUUGAUCCUCGCAACAACCCUCGUUUCAACCUUCCUGCUGCGAUCCGCUCUGCUUGGGUUCGGGGUCCUCGUAGUGCAAAUAACGCAACUUCGACCCCAGAAGUGCCUCAACGCCGGCGAUCUGAGCGAAGACCCGAGGGUACAGAGCAGGCCACACAACCUGAUCAGACCCCUCAAAGUCCGGAAGCUGCUCGAACGUCGAAUGGCGGAGUGCUGUCAUCUGUACGCGGCGCCUUCCGCUUCGGUCGACGACGACAAGAGCAGCCUCCCAAUCAGAACGGCGCUGCCGAGACUGUAACACCAUCACAACUUGAGGCGGCAAAUCGUCCCGCGGCUGCUGCUCAAUAAAUGUGGCUUUCCGUUUUCCAUUCUUAUUACAUAACGACACGAUAUUUCUCGCUAGCGAUGGUUUUCUCUCUUUUUCACCCGGCCAUCAAACGCAGGGCACAACCGUCAUGAUCUUCUCACUAUAAAGCACUCGACUUUUAUGACACGGCAUGUUUGUUUCAGACCGCAUAAGAUACACGUGGGACAGCAAGAUGGGUAUGAGGUAGGUAUGUGGAUGAUUAUCCGAGGACGUAUAGGGCUUGAUGAGCUAUAUAUACCCCUGGUAAGGGCAUGCGAGGGAACGCUGGCUUCGCAUGCAUCGAGGUAGAGGCAAGGGUAACGGGGGGGAUCCUGAUUUUUAUCAAAGGCUUCAUGUGUAAGACGGGAGGUAUUGUACUUGCAUUGGGCUGGAAAAUAUGGUUUCAGCUGGGAUGGAAUGGAGCGGCGGAGUUUGGUGAUUAUGGGCAUCUUCGAUAGGCAGAUGGUACAAUAAGAAUUUGUUCCAUCUAUUUGAAUCCUCGUAUCUAUCGUGGCAUGUAAACGUCGCUGCC